UUUAUCUUAUUUCGUUUGAUCUCAAGUCGUCCAUCGCGGACACCAUUCACGUCUUGGAAAAGCUGCACACCUGCCCCUCCAUUAUUUCUUGCACAUCCCGACGCGCACAUUGCCUCGACGACAACCAUCCAAGAUGGCGCCGAGCAAGUCUAUCGGCUCUCUCUCCGCCAUGGCCAAGAACAUCAAGGAGAAGGCCACCAAGUCUUCCACCUUGCCGGGUGCCUCGACCUUCAAGAGUGCCGCCCGCGUGCAGGACUCCGACACGAGCAGCUCCGACAGCAGCAGCGACAGCGAAAACGAAAGCGGCAGCGACUCCGAAGACACCCUGGAAGCUGCAAAGAAGAAGCUCCAAGCCAAGAACGCAGCAAAGAAAGCUGCUACCGCCAAGCCUCAGUCAAAUGGCAACCCUGCCAAAACUCCUGCUCCUGCACCUGCGCCUGCCAGUGCAAAGAAGCCUGUAGCCAGCUCCAGCUCAGAUGACGACUCCACCUCCAGCUCCGACUCCGAGUCUGAGUCUGAGCCUGGCGCCAAAACGUCCAAACCGACUCCCAAGGCCGCUCAGAAGGAGACGCCCGCCCUGAAGGCCAGCAGCGGCGAGGAUAGCUCCAGCUCCAGCUCUAGCGGCAGUGAGAGCGACAGCGACAGCGAUAGCGACACUGGAGCUGAAACCAAGCUUGCAUCAGUCGCCGACGUCAUCGCAGACAAGGCCAAGAAGACCAACGCCGCCAUCCCUCCCAAGAAGUCUGUGGCCGCCGACGAAGCUACCAGCGACUCGGAAUCAGAAAGCGAGAGCGAGGACCAGUCUAAAGCUGUUGCUAGAACCGCUGACGUGUCGCAGGCUACUGAUGUUAGCCGUCCCGAGUGGCUCAACAAGUCUGACUUCAUGCUCCGAAAAGCUGCCACCGACAACCCUGGCAAGGAAGUCUCGGAGUUUCUAAGCAAGUCGAACCUGCAAGGCAAGCAGGUGUGGUAUUUCACUGCUCCAGCCUCCCUUCCCAUCACCGUCAUCAAGGACAUGGAGAUUGAUCUGGCAAAGGCUCAGUCUGGUGGUGCUAUUCUCAACCACGGAGGCGAUGCCUACGGUUUGGAUCUGGAGCCCUACACCACCAGCAGUCAGAUCCAGCUACUGAUCCCAUCCAAGGGCGGAGACAAGUACAAUUCUUUGAACCGACCCAUUGACUCCGUCGUGCACCUCCGCCGUAUUGCUGAGUUUGGCGGCGCGAGCAAGAUCAGUUCUACUGCAACUGAUCAGUAUGUGCGCAAGCAGAGACCUGCCAGAGAGCAGCCUAAAAACUUGAAGCCCCGUUUUACCCCAAUUGGUGUACCUUCACAGAAGCCUUCUCCCCUUCCUGCACAGAAGCCCCAGGUCCCAUUGAGCAAGCCCACCGACAAGUCAGACUCUGACUCGAGCUCCUCAGACUCCGACGUUGAGAUGACAGAUGCUGCCGCAUUGCCACCUUCGGUUCUGACCAACAAGGCUGAUGCCAGUGCCAAGCGGAAGCAGCCGGCGGAUUCCUCCAGCUCAGCCAGUGACACUAGCAGUAGCGAGUCUGACGACGAGGCGCCUCCCAAGAAGAAGACAAAGUCUCCCGAAAAGUCCAAGAAGCAGUCCCAGAAGGUUCUUGCAAAGCCCAAGGCAAAUGCUCCUGCUCCCGCCGUACAAUCGGAGAACAUUGCGGUUCCUGGCUCUCAGGCUUCCAAGAAGUCGCAAGGACGACUAGUCACUGCCACACCCAUUCCGCCCCCUAGUCUCGGCCGUUCGGCAUCGGCCUUGUCUGCUGCUGCUAGCGGUACACCAUCCAAGGUCGUCGAUUCUGCCAAGGCGAAGAAAGAGAGGUCGAAGAAGGCUGAAAAGGGCAAGGCCACCGAUGGCACUCCCAAGCCUAUUAGUUCUACUCCAAUCCCUCCCCCCAAAUUCCCUACUAGCAACUAGAGCUCGCCUGUAUCGCAAAGGUUGGAGAGGAAGGAGGGUAAAAACAAGAACAAGAAAAAGAACAUGAAAAGGAACAAGAAAAGGAACAAGGAGUGACUUGUAACCAUCCGAUGGGCAAUGUACUACGAGCUAUGGUGCAAGCGGCAGUCUGGCUAACUAGCUAAACUCGCCGUGGG